UAUCAUCUAAAUUCCAAUCCAUUUCUUCUCUCUAGAGCGAAGAUUCCAAGGGGCACACGCGGAGGCCCUCGGGCAGCCAGCGCCUGGCGGUAUUUCCAUCCCUGUGGAUUGUCGUCUCCUGCUCCAGUGUUGGACCUUGUCGGGAAAUGCCAUGGCCUCACCCCUAGUCACCAAGAAGAUGAGGGAGGAAGCCACCUGUGCCAUCUGCCUGCUCCUGAUGGCCGAGCCCGUGAGCAUCAGCUGCGGGCACAGCUACUGCAGGCCGUGCAUCACCGACUUCUUCGAGAACCUCCGCCGGGAGAGCCCUUCGACCAGUGUCUUCCCCUGUCCCCAGUGCCGGGCCCCGUUCCGGCUGGCCAGCCUCCGGCCCAACAGGCAGCUGGGAAGUCUCAUCGAAGCCAUCAAGGAGAUGGGCCAGGACCUGUCCUGUGAGGAACACGGCGAGUUCCUCCACGUGUUCUGCGAAGACGAGGGCCAGCUCAUCUGCUGGCGCUGCGAGCGGUCACCGCAGCACCAAGGGCACGACACAGCUGUCAUCGAGGACGUGUGCCAGAGCUACAGGGAAAGGCUCCAGAGUGCUGUGACGAAUUUGCGGGAGCUGGACGAGGAAUGUACGAAACUGAAGGCGUUGACGAGAAACCAGAUGAGUGAAUGGAAUGAGAAGAUAGAGAGUCAGAAGCAAAGAAUCCAGGCUGAAUUUGAGAAUCUUCAGAGCUUCCUGCAUGAAGAGGAGAGGUCUUAUCUGUGGAGACUGGAGAAAGAGAAAGAGCAGACUCUACAGAGACUGGUGGAUAACGAGACCACUCUGAAACAGAAGAGCCAAGAGCUCAAGAGGCACAUCCUGGAACUGGAGGAGAGAUGUCAGGGCUCCGCGCAGGUGCUGCUGCAGGAUGUGAAAGAGACUUUGCGCCGGAGUUGGGCCGUGAAGCUGGAAACACCAGAGACCCAUUCUUUGGAGGUUCAUACUGUGUGCAGUGUUCCAGAGCUUUAUUUUGAUAUGAAGAAAAGGUUACGGAGCUAUCAAGUCAGUGUGACUCUGGAUCCAGAGACAGCCCAUCAUGAGCUAGUUCUGUCUGAGGAUCGGAGACAAGUGACUCGUGGACGCCUCCAGGAGAAUCUGGACUAUUCCCCCAGGAGAUUCACUGUCUUGCCCUGUAUCCUGGGCUGUGAAGGCUUCACCUCGGGAAGACAGUACUUUGAAGUGGAUGUAGGAGAAGGAACUGGCUGGGAUUUAGGAGUUUGUUUGGAAAAUGUGCACAGAAACAUCGGCAUGUUACAGAGCCCUCAGUCUGGGUUCUGGGCCAUCAGACUAUGUCAAAAGAAAGGCUAUGUAGCGCUCACCUCUCCACUAACCUUCCUUUAUAUAAGGGAGCAGCCUCUGGUCGUGGGGGUUUUUCUGGACUACGAUGUCGGAGCUGUUUCCUUUUACAACAUGACCUCUGGCUGCCACAUCUUUACCUUCCCGAGGACCUCCUUCUCUGAUGUUCUCCGGCCCUAUUUCCGGGUUUACUUACAUUCUCCUUUGUUCCUCCCUCCCCCGGACAAGUGAGGAAAGAAACAAAAUCUCCAUCUGGUGUAACUAGCAUAGACAGUAUAAUGGAAGCCCCAUGAGGGCAGAAAUCUGGUCCGUUUUCUUCACUGCUCUUGUACUUAGAACUCUGCUGGGCUGGUCGUGCUUAAUAAACCUGCUUUGAAUGAA